AUGUCUGUGCCAUCAUUGACAGUGUCAUCAAAUACCUUUCCAUGCGCCACGGGGCUGGUUAAUGUCUCCAAACCACCACAUGGUACGUUUGAAAGUCAUGCUCGUUACAGCCCACCUCAGGACUUCACGCGAGCAUUAUACAUUCCUCGCCAUGACUCAAUGACUUCCCAUCUCCCUGUGUAUAAUGUUGCCGCGAGCUAUCGGGAUUCCACUAGAGAUACGGUCUUCGGUAGUUAUCUCCACUCGGCCAAGCUGAGUUAUAUGGAUAAGCCUCGGGGUGACGACAUGAACGCGCGGGUGGAAUAUCUGGUCGACGCCAUCAAAACGGACGAAGUUGUGGAGCUGCAAAUUCAGCGCAGAAGCUUGAGCAAGAGCGACGACGUCAAAGCCAAUGCUUUCAUUGCCUCUGGUAGCGCCGAAUUCUUUCUUGUGACCGAUCAGGGCGAACACGCCAGUGGUCCGAUGGCAGCAUCUUUUCCCAUCGAACCAAGUGUGAGAGGAGAAUACAAAGUCCCGCACCCUUAUUUCACAUGGCGUCUCCCAAGGCACAAAGAGACACCCUGGAAAUUGGUUCAAUGGCAAGUCCACCCAGGACCAAACAGCCUGUUCCGCUACACCUUGGUCAAUCUUGAUGAACCCGAGAUACUCGCAAUUUAUAUCCAUGUUGGCAUUGUGAUGUGGCUACCUAUAGACUUUAGCGAAGGUGUGCUCUUGCUCCCUGAAAGUGGUGGGCAGGAGCAGGAAGCUGUUGUGAUAGCGAGCUUGUUGACGAUGUUGCAACGGUUACGUGAAGAAAAAUCGAUGCGCCCUAUCAGGGACAGCUCAACUUCAAACUUAGCGAGGAAGUUUGUUUCCAAGCUGCGCCUGCAUUAA